UGUCAUCCCCAGCCCCUCUUUUUUUUUUUUUUUUUUUUUUUUUGCUUCCUCUAUAGUGACGCUUCCUAAUGUUGCAUCCUUCCAUCUCUGGUCACUUUCCUCCUGUGGUUUCAGUGCUUUCCUCCUUGAUAAUGUAGUCUGCCCAACCAGAUCUCUACAUCAAUUAGGGCUCCAGAGUUGUGGCCUCAGCACCUAUCAGAGGACUGCUGGGAACUUGCCACCAUUCCUCCUCUCUAGGCUUCCUUCCACUUGGAUACUGGAGUGUUUAUGUCCCUUCGGGGGAGAAGCCUGCCUCCUUUCCAGCUUUUUCUUCUUUCUGCUUUCCACUUGGGUCAACAAAUGUGGUCAGUUUUGUGACACUGCUCCAGAGCCACUUUGAGACCCUGUCCUGGUGGACUGCCCCAACACCUGGGUACAGUCACCUGGGUACCAUCACCACUGUGCCAGUUUCCUUUUUGAUGAAUGUUGCUUUACCCUUGGUGGCUCAUUAUUUUCCCCAGUAUAGAGCAAAAUGGUACCCUAGAUUCUUUGUGCCUUGGCUCCAGCUUUCUCCUGUGCUUGCUUCCUUCUAAAUCCUGACAGGCACCCCUUUCCUCUGUUGGGAGCAGAACUGUGCUGUUACCUCUGUUGACCUCAGCUGUCCUCUCAAUAUGCCAUGUUGUGGGCCCAGGAGAGGGGGUCCCCUGGGUAGCAGAGUGCCUGGCUAAAAACUCUGAGGUCCCUAGUGCUGAAAAAUUGAGCUGAGGGUUUGCGUUUGCCCUCUGACUACCCCAGCCCAUGCAGGUGAGUGGACUGAUGUUACCCAGAUGGCUUGAGCAAGGCCAUGCCCUUUAAUGGUGUUCAGAAAGGGUAGCCUCCCACCAUGUGCUUCCUACUUAGGGGAGUACUGCAGUCAAAUUUUGGGGUUUUUUGUGUGCGUGUGUUUAAAAAAAAUUUUCAGCCUUUAAAUCAUAUUUUUUGUGCUUUCAAAGUAAUAUGAAACUGGACAGUUAGUAAAAUACUUAGGUUAGGAUUUAAAUUAUAAUUUCAGUUCUGAAGGAAAACAGUAAAAUAAAAUUAGUUUAUUUGGGUGUCUUAAAGGUUCUAUCACAGGUAGUAUUAAUUUAGCUCUGUACUACACUGUUAAUGGCACUUGACUCUUGGUACCAGGGGAGUAGAUUUUCUGUCAUUUCGUGACGAUAUUUUUAAAUUUCUUUUCAGGUGGAGGAAGAAAGGUGCCACUUUGGCAUGAAGACAGACUCACUUAGUCGUCGGUCUUUUAAGCUGAGUGCAUUGUGAUUUCCAAUAAUUGAGGCAGUGGUUCUAAAAGCUGUCUACAUUAAUGAAAAGAGCAAUGUGGCCAGCUUGACUAAGCCGCCAAUGUGCACAGCGUGGGCAGGACGACACCGGGUCUCGACGGACUUGUGCAUGUUAGCUGUAGAUUUAUGUAAGGUGUUUUAAAACUGGUCUUUUAAAAUAGUCUUAACUGCUUUUAAUAUGGAGACAUAUGAGAGUCCCUCUCCUCUCCCGCGUGAGCCCGCAGGAGAAGCGAUGAUGGAGAACCGAGCUUGCCCUUUCCAAGUGCUGCCCCGUGAACAGUCUCCACCACCUCCCCUGCAAACGUCCAGUGAUGCAGAGGUAAUGGACGUUGGCUCUGGUGGUGAUGGACAGUCCGAACCCCCUGCUGAGGACCCAUUCAACUUCUACGGAGCUUCUCUUCUCUCCAAAGGAUCCUUCUCUAAGGGCCGCCUCCUCAUAGACCCGAACUGUAGUGGCCACAGCCCACGCACCGCCCGGCACGCACCUGCGGUCCGGAAAUUCUCCCCUGACCUUAAGUUGCUUAAAGAUGUAAAGAUUAGUGUGAGUUUUACUGAGAGCUGCAGGAGUAAGGACAGGAAGGUGCUGUACACAGGAAUAGAGCGCAGCACUCGGGCCGAAUGUGGCCUGCUCCUUAGUCCUGUCAGUGGGGACGUGCAUGCUUGUCCCUUUGGCGGGAGUAUUGGUAAUGGGGUAAGCAUAGGGGGUGAGAGUACAGAUAAGAAGGAUGAGGAGAAUGAGCUGGAUCAGGAAAAGAGAGUGGAGUAUGCAGUGCUCGAUGAGUUAGAAGAUUUUACUGACAAUUUGGAGCUAGAUGAAGAAGGAGCAGGCGGGUUCACGGCUAAAGCAAUCGUUCAAAGAGAAAGAGUGGAUGAAGAAGCCUUGAAUUUCUCCUAUGAGGAUGACUUUGACAAUGAUGUGGAUGCUCUAUUGGAAGAAGGCCUUUGUGCUCCCAAGAAGAGGCGAAUAGAAGAAAAAUAUGGAGGAGACAGUGACCAUCCAUCUGAUGGAGAGACAAGUGUGCAGCCAAUGAUGACCAAGAUUAAAACAGUGCUUAAAAGUCGUGGCCGUCCCCCUACUGAGCCGCUGCCUGAUGGGUGGAUCAUGACCUUCCAUAACUCGGGAGUUCCAGUGUACCUGCACAGAGAGUCUCGGGUGGUCACUUGGUCCAGACCCUACUUCUUGGGAACAGGAAGCAUACGGAAACAUGACCCUCCUCUGAGUAGCAUCCCAUGUCUACAUUAUAAAAAAAUGAAGGACAAUGAAGAACGAGAACAAAGCAGUGAGCUCACCCCCAGUGGAGAAGUAUCUCCUAUCAAGCCCUUGGGUCGAUCAGCAGAGUUGGAGUUCCCCCUAGAAGAACCAGACUCUGUGGGUGUGGACUCAGGGCCCCCAGAUGAGAAAGAUGCCCUGGGAGCUGAGGCGGCCCCUGGGGCCCUGGGACAAGUAAAGGCCAAAGUUGAGGUGUGCAAAGAUGAAUCUGUUGAUCUGGAGGAAUUUCGAAACUACCUGGAAAAGCGUUUUGAUUUUGAACAAGUAACUGUUAAAAAGUUCAGGACUUGGGCUGAGCGGCGCCAGUUCAACCGUGAGAUGAAGCGGAAGCAGGCUGAAUCAGAGAGGCCCAUUCUGCCAGCCAACCAAAAGCUCAUUACUUUAUCUGUGCAGGAUGCACCCACAAAGAAAGAGUUUGUCAUUAAUCCCAAUGGGAAAUCCGAGGUCUGUAUCCUGCACGAGUACAUGCAGCGUGUCCUCAAGGUCCGCCCUGUUUAUAAUUUCUUUGAAUGUGAGAAUCCAAGUGAGCCUUUUGGUGCCUCGGUGACCAUUGAUGGUGUGACUUAUGGAUCUGGAACUGCAAGCAGCAAAAAACUUGCGAAGAAUAAAGCUGCUCGAGCCACCCUGGAAAUCCUCAUACCUGACUUUGUUAAACAGACCUCUGAGGAGAAGCCCAAAGACAGUGAAGAACUGGAGUAUUUUAACCACAUUAGUAUCGAGGACUCAAGAGUCUACGAGCUGACCAGCAAGGCUGGACUGUUGUCUCCAUAUCAGAUCCUCCACGAGUGCCUUAAAAGAAACCAUGGGAUGGGUGACACAUCUAUCAAGUUUGAAGUGGUUCCUGGGAAAAAUCAGAAGAGUGAAUAUGUCAUGGCAUGCGGCAAACACACAGUGCGCGGAUGGUGUAAGAAUAAGAGAGUUGGGAAACAAUUAGCUUCUCAGAAGAUCCUUCAGCUGCUGCACCCACAUGUCAAGAACUGGGGGUCUUUACUGCGCAUGUAUGGUCGUGAGAGCAGCAAAAUGGUCAAACAGGAAACCUCAGACAAGAGUGUAAUUGAACUACAGCAAUAUGCCAAGAAGAACAGACCCAACCUCCACAUCCUGAGCAAGCUACAGGAGGAGAUGAAGAGGCUGGCUGCAGAACGAGAGGAAACUCGAAAGAAGCCCAAAAUGUCAAUUGUGGCUUCUGCCCAGCCUGGUGGUGAGCCCCUGUGCACUGUGGAUGUGUGAGGUAGGCGGCACUAGUGGGACACAGGGGCUGCCAGCAAUACUGCCUGGGAGACCACCAGCCACAACCGUUCACUGCAGCAUCGGGCCUCCAAUCUAAGUUCCUUCCCUGAGGUGCAGUGCAUCUGGGCUCAGGCUCUGGUCCAUGGGGACAGUUGUGACAUACAAUACACACGUGAAGCAGCAGUUUUCCCUGGAAGCUGCCUCCAGUCUGAUUGGAUAUUUAAGGAUCAACUUCGAGUGACUGCACAAUUGGAAGCUAUAGACCCUGCUCAUAUCUAUCUGCUGCAGACUGUUUUUAUGAAGGUUUUCAUGAAUUUUAGUACAUAAUAUGCACUGACAAGAAAUGAUACUUGGAUGACACAUAAGAUAUUAAGGCCACAUCGUAUGGCUCUGGCUGGCCUGUGAUACAGGUGGCCCCUGUGCCCACAACUUUCUUGGAGCCACUGUAGGGACAGAAGGUCCCUUAUAAUCUGCCUUCUGUUUUCCUUUUUUUGGGGGGUGGGGGGGGGAGGAGAAAAGUUAAAACAAGGAGUAUUCAGACAAUUUUGACUUAAAUAAAAUUUUAGCACCAGUAAAUACUCUUCAGAUUUCAGGCAGACCCUCAAGGUAUCUGUCCUCCUGCUGUGAGCCACGUUGUCGGUGAGGAUGAUGUCCAGCCAGUCUCGCGAUGUAUCAAGAUGGCCUGCUGCUGGGCUGCAGUCCACUUUUCUGAUCAAGUCUUAGGGCAAUGCCCUAACAGCCGCCUUCCAGGACAUUGAGGCCCUUGCUUUUGCUGACCUCUGGCAAGUUUUUUACAAAGAUUUUUGCACAAUUGAAUUCAUCUGUCCACUCACCAAUUUUUAAAGCUUUUAUGAUAUUUUAGAAUUUGGAAAGAAACUUUUACAAUGAAAGAAGAUAGAUUUGAAAUCAUGCAUUUUAGCAAGUAUACUUGUUUAAUUAAACAGGAGCAAGUCCUUCACUGCAGUGUCAUUGGUUAAUAGCUUGCUGAGCACUGGUUGGUGAAUGCCCUGCAUCCUGAUGACAGUGGCCUCCCUGGGUUUCAAGGGUAUCUGCCCUGUGCAGCCAGACCUGGUGCAUAGCUAGGUCCUCACUAAAUGUCUCCUAUGGAUGGUUGUGAGUAAAGGUCUGUGUCUACCUGAAUCCAGGGCACGAGUAUGUUCAGGCCCUGGUGGUACUGGCCAGCUGCUGGCCCAAUCAAUUUCCAGUACUAAUUCUUGGUCUGUGUGCUCACACAUGGGGCACCGUUAGCCUAGCACUAGGCUGUACCCCCAUGCUCCCUACUGUCUUGUCUCCCACUGUACCCUGCAGGUAGUUUUGAUGGUGUUUGUUGUCAGGAAGAUAAUGUUGGCUGUGGGCCACCCACAGCAUAUCCUUCCCUUACCACCUGUGUGGCAGAGGUUGGCUUCUGUGUUAACUUGGAAAAGAACAAAAACAAAAAAUCAAGUUGCUGUAAUUACACUUGCUUCUGUCUUGCCUCCUGUCUGCAGUUGUGAAUAGUCAGUUGACUGUGACUGUUGCCCUUGAAACAGCCAGAUUUACCAUUUGAGAACCAAAGCUUUGUGCACACAUCACCCUAGAGGCUGUUGUCCCUCUGCGGCCUCCAGGCAGGUGCUGCCAUGUCUCAGUGUCCUCCCUGUCUGCCCCAAGUGGGUGAGUCCUUUGUGCACAGCCGUGCUGUGGUGCCAGAGAGCCUGUGCUACUGCUGCCUGUGUGCACUGGGUUGCAGCUGUAGGGUGAGCCUUGAUGGUCUGAACAUAUAAAUCAAAUUGUCCAAAAUGGAA